GCUCAGAGGCCGCCCCAGCAGCAGCAGCAGAGGGGCAGACAGCAGGCCCGAGUUUACGCAGUUGAUCAGGCCGAGGCAGAGCAGCAGCCAGGUACCAUGUCAGGGAUGCUUUUGCUUAAUAAUGUUCCUGUUUUCGCUUUGUUCGAUACUGGAGCAACGCAUUCUUUUAUUUCACGACGAUGUCUUGAUACCAUCGGAGUUCAUGCUAUUUCCGUUGUCGAUCCUCUCGAGGUGAGUUUAGCCUCGGGACAAAAGAUAGUGACCACAGCUAAAGCUUCAGUUCUCAGCCUUUCCAUCGGUGGCCGAGUAUUAUCUACCGACGCGUAUGUUCUCGAGAUGAGGGACUUUGACCUCAUUCUAGGAAUGGAUUGGCUAUCCUAUUAUCAUGCAGACAUUCGAUGCCAUGACCGGGAGAUUACUCUUUAUCUUCCGGGGGAUGAUUUGAUUACGUUCUUUGGCACCAAGAAUCGUUCCUUACCUCAUGU